AUGGUGGGCGAGAAAGAAGGGCAGCACCACCACCACCACCACCAGCAGCAGCAGCAGCAGCAGGAGGAGGGGGUUGGUGGCACGUUGAGAGCCUUCGUGCCGUUGAUUCCAGUGGCGCAGAACGCCAAUCCCACCCCAGAGUCCCCGUUCCUCCUUUCACCCGAGAAGGACCGGCGAGGGGAAUUUGCCGCAGCAGGAGUUGAUGACGACGAUGAUGGUUACAAGAGCUCCGCCGAACAGACACCACGUCACGGCCGCACCGGUGGCGGCGAUGGUGGUGAUGAUGAUAGUCAUAGUAGUAUUUGUAGCCAGAGCAGGAGCUUUGGGGCACUUAAGGAAAGCACGAGAAGUGCUGAUGAUGGAGAUGACAGUAUGAAGGAGGGAAUUAAGAAGAAGAGUGUGAUUGGUAACGGCAUGGACGGGAAAAAGCGGUGGACAAGUGAAAUGGAGGCAACGGACCCUAUAAGGGACGACGAUGAGGAUGACAUUAGCACAGAGGUGACAAGGAAUGGAAACAUACAUGCAGUACGAGGGGACUUCCAGAGUAUCAAGAGUAAGAUGACAUCCCCCGUGGGAGGGAGAACGUCGCAGAGGGAAGCGAUGAGUCGACCGGACCUUUGGCAUUCUGACGGUGGCGUGAAGGAUUUAUCGUCAUCACGCGAGGAAGUGGGCGGCGGUUGCCCAUGUGCUGACCAUCACCCGCUUCCCAUGUACAACAGCGAUUGUUUCCUUAGAACGUCAGGUCAGGAUGAGGAGGAGGACGAGGAGAAGAAAGAGGAGGAGGAGGAGGAGCAGCCAGUAGUGAAAAAGCGGAACAAGAAAUGUGCUUUUCGUAGUUUCCGAAACUGUGAUAAAAACGAGGGAGGUGGGCGUGGCGAAGUGCGUCGAUGGCGCACGAUGAAUAGCCGCCCGACGACUGCCUCGGGUUUGUUGGGUGCCGGGGGUAGCGGGGCAACGACGGUGAAGGUUGAUAGACGGAUGGAUUCUUCCACCGGCGGUAUGGGAUCCAUUGGCGGUCAUCACUUAACCAUUCUGGAGGGUGGUGUAUUCAUGAAGGAAUCAUGCUCCCACCGUGAGGAGCGCUUUUAUGAGAUGCUAAAGCCGGUGCAGGACUACGUCUGGCGUCACCCGGAGCUACUGGAGACGUUUUAUCCGCUUUCCUCCUCCUCCUCCUCCUCCUCGGAGUGCAGUAAUGAUGCCAUGGAGAAUAGUGAUGAGCAGCAACGCGGAAAUGGAAAAAAGGGCGAGGAGGGAAAAAAGUUGGAUCGGCAACAUUCCGCCUCGACCCAGUGGAAUUGGUGGCGGCGACGACGUCGAUUAUCUGAGGUGACACGUGGGACACCCGACAUGCAUUCUGAAAGCACCCCCAGCCCGGAGGGCGGGAGCUCACGGGAGAGGGACACGGUAACGGCAGUCAGUGAGGGGCGACAUUGGGAUGUUCUCAUCCCGCUUGUGCCGUUCGUUCCGCGAUACAUUGGCCUUCGCCGCGUGCUUCUGGAGACGGAUGGGGUUAGUACCAAAAAGAGUGAGUGGGUCCCGUCGUCGGCCGGCGCACAGGACGGGACACCCAUGCAAAGAUGUUCUAGCACACUAGCCACAAGCCGGGCCUUUGAAAAGGAAGGAAAGACAGAAGAGGGAAACUUUUGUCAAAUGAUCGUGCUGGAGGAUUUAUGCAAAGGUUUUCUGCAUCCCUGCAUCCUUGACAUCAAGAUGGGCAGUCGACAGUAUGGGAUGAAUCCGUCCGAGGCAAAGCUACGUAGCAAGGAGCGCAAGGCGAUGCUUUCGACUUCUAUGCAGUACGGUGUGCGGCUAGCGGGAAUGAAGCGCUGGUGCCCCGACACGCAGCAGUACGAGACACGGUCAAAAGUUGCCGGUCGAAAUUUGACACUGGAGGAGCUGCGGGAAACGAUCUCCCGCUUUACGCAGUGUAGCAAACGCCUGCGGUAUAAAUUUCGCAAGCAGGUUCGACGGUUGCGUUGUGCCUUCAUGAAUCAAAACGUUUUCCGCUUUUUCACGUCCUCGUUGCUGUUUGUGUACGACGCCGAUCGCCCGCUGCUUUCCUCGCGCGUUGUGAUGGUUGAUUUUGCCUUCACGUACGAACGGGAGGAGUUGCAGCGCGGUGGGGACCCCGAGGCGACGUACGAACGGGAUUUUGGGUACAUCAAAGCCCUCGAUACGAUGCUUACGAUACUCGCCUAA